CAUGAUCUCCUCCUGAACUGGCUCAUGUACAGGAGGGUUUGUCUUUAAAAGCUGAAGAGCAGAACGGUGAACACACGGUCAGCGGCUCCGCGUCUGAUACACUUCAACUUCACCCGAAAAGUGUUUGACUGAGGGCACAUCACCAACCAUGAGUUCUUCACGAGCCUUGGGACUUUAUUUGACGCUUUUACUCGCUCUUCUGUGCUAUGCAUCGGAAGAUUUUCCCAUCCAAAGGGAAGUUACUGACGAAGUGGUUGAUCAUGAAGACUUUCCACUUACCCGUGAAGUGCUGGACUCUUUGAUGUUGCAGAGACCAAUCAUCCCUAACGUUGCCAAACUGUUUGCUAAUGCAGAUUUUUCAAGAAGGACCCCAAGUGAAAACUCAAACUUUCACCCUGAGAGUGAACAAUUAGGUCGCCCAGUUAUUAAGCCUCGCUCCAUGAGACCCGUGACGGAACCAGAGGUUGAUUUUCCCCCAGCCUUCCCAACUGCAAGCAACCUGCAAGAUAUCUUGCGGUUUAGCAAAGCCCCGGUCCGGUACCCUAAGGACAUGUUUCCUGAGAGUGGCUUUGGCCGUCAGGUUCGACAGGCUGAUGCUGUCAAUCAACUCCAGUCCUGGUACAGUGUCUGCUCUGCCGUUGGAACACAGGAAGAGCAAAUCUGUUGUGCUCAACAAGCGUGGAAGAAGAGUCUGUCUGCCUACUGUGAGGGGGAAUUCAGUAUUAAGACCAGUCACUACUUCUGCUGCCAUAAGACUGGGAGAGCCAGAUGGAACUGUUUUGAUAAGGAGGCUUCAGAUUCUUCAUAUCAAGUCUCCUCUGAGGUCUCAAAUGGCAGCACUCCACAAAAGAUUCAAGGCUUCAAAUAUAACUCAAGCGCUUGCAAAGGGUCAUCGGUGGCUUCUCCAAAAACUUCUCCACUUAUGAAGCAGACCGAAGUUCUGUCCAUCAGUUUUCCACCAGGCCGUCCCGAUUCCUCCAACAUAGCAAACAUCUGCGCUCAUCAUAAGAUCCGACCACGAUACAUGCCCAAGUGUCUUCCUCGCACUGGCUAUGGCUGGCUGGUCCGUCAAUCGAAGGCCAUCAAUGUCCUGGAGAGAGAAUAUAACCAGUGUUGUAAGGACAAAAAGAGUCAACAACGCUGUGCUGAAAAGAAGUGGAAGAAAAUUGUUGAUAAGUUUUGCAAAGAUGAGAAGAAAUCCAAAGGACAGCAGUUUGAGUGUUGUGGGAAGAAGAAGGGAGAAGAGCAGUACUCCUGUUUUGCAGCUUCUGCUCCAGAUCCACAAUAUAGAUCCACUGGUGGAGCACUCAGCACUACUGCUGCUCCUCCAACCCUCGAUACAUUAUGCGAGACACAUACAGCUCUGCAGAGCAUGAAGGGUUUCCCAUUUUCUAUGGAUCAAAUGGUUGAACGGUGCUGCCCUCUAGUGUUACAAGAGAGACCUGAAUGUAUAAAGGCUGAGCUUGACAGGCACCUGAAUGAUAUGUGUAAAGCAAAGGAGCUGGUGAAGCCUCAUUGUUGUGCACCCAAAAUCAAAAACCGUGUCAAAUGUGCCACAAAACUGCUCCUGCGCUAUAUUGGCAAAGCAGAUAAAGACAGAAGGAAGAAUACCUGCCCGCAGCUUCUGUAGGUCUAAGCCAGACCGAGUCCCUGAUAAUGUGUAUCAUUUUUUACAGAGCACAGACAUUUCAAUAUAUGCACACUUGAGUUGAAACAAAUCUGUACCGCUUUUUGUUCUUUUAACAUGCGUAUUAUAUGCACCACUAUUUGUUCAUGUCUUUUAAUAUGCAUAUUGUCUUUCAUGCAGUUUUCUUGCACAAUGUCUUAGUGAUUAUUGUUUUUUUUUUUUUUUUGAAA